GUGGCCUGUGGCAUACGAUCCUAUUUGCAUAAAGUGAAUUAUCAGUUUGAGUCGCGGAGUCUUGGUGCUCGGGUCGAAAAGGGGUCUACUGUGUUCGGUCUUCGGUCUCGACUCUCUUUUGAUGUUCAAGGUUCAGUGUUAAGUGUUCCGCUGGUUACGCCAGGCCUCGAUGACAAUCGAUCGCAAUCAGCUGUUGGUCUCGUUGGCCCCACCAGCAGCGAUUAUGUGACUAAGUGACUGACUGACAAAGUAUUGAUGUCGUUACAGUAAUUGAAGAGCCGCGCAGUCGAACGGACGUCAGCGUGGACAAAAGGGCAAACGGCUAACACAACUCUACCUGAUUUACCUGCUGCUGCCACGAUGAGUGCUGCAGGCGAUCACCUGGAACUGAUCGUCUUUGGACUGCUGCUGGGCAUUAUCUGCCUGAUAGUUUCGUUGAUUUGCCACAGGCGGAAUGCACGUCUGUUGGGGCGCGCCCCGCCGGGACCUUGGGGUCUGCCGCUGCUUGGCUAUUUGCCAUUCGUUGAUCGCCUGGCGCCGCACAAGUCGCUGCAGGCGCUGGCCAAGCGCUACGGCGGCAUCUAUCAGCUGAGCAUGGGCAGCGUGCGCACCGUGGUGCUGUCGGAUGCGGCGCUGGUGCGCGAUUUCCUGAGACACGAGGAGCUGACGGCGCGUGCGCCGCUCUACCUGACGCACGGCAUCAUGGGCGGCUAUGGCAUCAUUGGCGCUGGCGGGGACAUCUGGAAGUAUCAGCGAAGGCAGCUCAUCGAGUGGCUCAAAGCGUUGGGCAUGACGCGCAAACAGUGCGAGACGCGUGCGCAGCUGGAGCAGCGCAUCAGUUGCGGCGUCAAUGAGUGCGUCCAGUCGUACGAGUCGGAAGCGAAGGAAGCCGAGCUGCUGGAUCCGCUGCCAGCGCUGCAGCACACGCUGGGCAACAUUAUCAACGAUCUGGUCUUUGGCGAGACCUAUGAGCGACGCGAUCCCAAUUGGCUGUAUUUGCAGCAGCUGCAGGAGCAGGGCGUCAAGCUGAUCGGCGUCUCGGGCAUGGUUAACUUUUUGCCCUGGCUGCGACAUCUGCCGGGCAACAAGCGCAGCAUCCGCUUUCUGCUGGACGGAAAGGCCAAGACCCAUGCGCUCUACGAUCGCAUCAUCGGACGCUGCAACCAGCAGCUGCAGCAGCAGCAGCAGCAGCCCAAGCGCAGCAUAUUGGCGCACUUCUUGCACGAACGUCAGCCGUACUCGCAGCUUUAUUGCGAUGAGCAACUGCGCCACCUGUUGGCCGAUCUCUUCGGCGCUGGCGUGGACACAUCGCUGGCCACGCUGCGCUGGUUUCUGUUGUAUAUGGCGCGUGAGCAGCGCUGCCAGCAGCGACUGCAGUCGGAGCUGCGGUCACUCAGCGAGUCGCCCACGCUGGCCGAGCUCGAGCCGAUUGCCUAUCUGCGCGCCUGCUUGUCCGAGGCGCAGCGCAUUCGCUCGGUCGUGCCGCUGGGCAUACCGCAUGGCGUCGAUCAGGACACAGUCGUGGGUGACUAUCACUUGAAGAGGGGCACCAUGGUGCUGGUGCUGCAGUGGGCCAUACACAUGAAUCCCGCCGUCUGGCCGGAGCCGGAGCAGUUCCGUCCGGAGCGCUUCCUCAACGCUGAUGGCGACUACGCGGCACCGGCUCAGUUCAUACCCUUUCAGACGGGCAAGCGCAUGUGUCCCGGCGAUGAGCUGGCCCGCAUGAUGCUCACGCUCUUCGCUGGCCGCAUUCUCCGACGCUUCCACAUCCAGCUGCCUGCCGAAGAGGCGCAGCGCGUGGACAUGCAAGGCGAAUGUGGCAUCACCUUGGCCCCGGCGCACUACAAACUGAAAUUUACCCAUCUGGAAGAGCUGCCCAAGAAUUCAUAG